GCACAGGAAAACGACGCGGGGGUCAGGAGGAGCAGGAGCAGCAGCAGCAGCAUCUAUGGGAGACAACGGUCCAGGUCCGUCUCUGUGAAGUGUUUAUGAACGGACACCGUGUUUCAGUGAGCCGUGUUUCUGCUCCACUGCGCCACAGCUCCACAGCUCCAUGUCGUUGCCACACACAUGUCCCGGUAUGAAGGAGAAUUAACGUAGCAUCCGGCCGUGUUUACAUAGCAUCAGCGCCGAUGUAGCAGUGUGCUCGUCACAGAGGAGACAGCCAUCACUUCAGCAUCACAGUGGACCUCAAUUUGUCCUCUCACCGUGACACACGUGGCUCUUCAAUGCCAAAUACAUCAGACGUUCAGGGGCCAACCUUGUCUGGGCCAGCAGAGCCCUCGGCACUGCAGAGGUCCACUGAUGGGGAUGAUGACCGCGGCCUGAUCAGCUCCCUGACGCGGGAUGCUGCCAGAGCGAGGAGAGCUUCCAGUGCCGAGCUCCACCUGCCUUGGACCUGCCCGGUCACUCACUCCAGAGAGAAGUUUUACACGGUCUGCUCCGAUUAUGCUCUCGUGGACCAGGCUGCUGCGGUGUACCGUCCUGUGAGCACAGCCAGGGAUGUGGUCCAGAGCAAGCAGGGCGAUGGUCCUCACCUGGUGAAGCCCAAAUCCUCAGCUGACUACAGUCAGCCUGGAGGAGCCCAUGUUGGAUCAGACGGGGACUGUGACAUGGAAGAGUUGCCCUCUGGCAACAAGAAGCCCAUUUUGGCCUGGGAGAUUGACACAACGGACUUCAACGCUGUACUAACCAGAAAAAUAAGAACAAGCAAUGGGAAGAAAUGCGGCUCUAAGAAGAUGAAGUCGUCCGACAGACUGAGCAGAAAUCUGCAGGACGUCUCUCCUCACGUGUCCCAGGAGGAGAUCAAACAGCGAAAGGUGUUCGACCUCAGAAGAUGGUACUGCAUCAGUCGGCCUCAGUACAAAACCUCAUGUGGAAUAUCUUCUUUGAUCUCCUGCUGGAACUUCCUCUACAGCACUCUGGGUGCAGGAAGUCUUCCACCUCUCUCUCAGGAAGAAGCUCUGCACAUUCUGGGCUUUCAGCCACCGUUUGAAGAAAUCAAGUUUGGUCCUUUCACAGGAAACGCCACUCUAAUGCGGUGGUUCAGACAGAUCAAUGACCAUUUCCGAAUGCGAGGUUGCUCCUACAUUCUGUACAAACCUCAUGGGAAACACAAGACGGCAGGUGAAACAGCUGAAGGAGCGCUCACCAAACUGACGCAGGGGCUGAAGGAUGAGUCCAUGGCCUACAUUUACCACUGCCAGAACCACUACUUCUGCCCAGUGGGAUUCGAGGCUACGCCGCUCAAAGCAGCAAAGGCUUACAGGGGCCAUCUCCCUACACAUGACAUGGAACAUUGGAUCCUAAUCGGGGAGCCCAGUAGGAAACAUCCAGCAAUUCACUGUAAAAAGUGGGUGGACAUUGUGACUGACCUCAACACACAGAAUCCAGAAUACUUGGACAUCCGUCACUCAGAGCGGGGGAUCCAGCGCCGCAAAACCAAAAAGGUGGGCGGUAACCUGCACUGCAUCAUGGCCUUCCAGAGGGUGAACUGGCAGAAGCUCGGCCCCUGGGCUCUGAAUCUGGAGAACCUGCGCCACGAGUUCCACCACUCCAGCGUGGAGCGAACCCACGGUCACACCUCAGAGGAGACGGAGGAGAGGACGCCGAGCAAGCGCCAGUCGCACCUGGGACGCUCGCACAGUAUGGGCAGUCAGAAAGACACGAGCUGGAAACGCCUGUCCAACACUACAGAGUUCAGACAGAAGGGCUGUCCUGACAGCGACCUCCAAGAAGACAUCACAGACUGAACAGGUUUAACAGAACACACUGAGAGGGGAGGACAAAAUAACACACAUUAUAACACAGUUCAGUAGCCUUAAGACUUUAAGUCUGCAAUUAUGUGUCUGUGUUUUACUCUCAGCAAACUUCAAACACAGUGUGACAUAUAACUCAAAGCUCUUCAGCUGUAAAAGACUUUUGGACAACACAUAAUUAUAAUUAUAAUAAUUAUAUGGCUUCUUGGGGUGUAUCAAUAAAUCCACAAUGUAUCAAUAAAAUAGGAUAUUAGUGCAGCUUAAAUAAUUAGGAGACUAUUUUGAGCAGAGGAUGAAUGCUCAGUUAGUGCUUGAGUGAGUUCCCCCUAUGGCUUAAUGCGGUAAUUCAGCCUUUUAGAGUAGGACAAAUUCAAUGUUUGCUCUGGUCUUUCUAUGGGAGUUGUUAAUAAGAACAAAUAUGAUAAUAUCUCCAGACUUCUCCUUAAAUCUUUCAGAAAUAACGUGAUUUUACGUAGCUGUUAUUUUGAGUAUUGAUGCCGCAUUAUAACAACGUCUUAUAACCGACUGAUGCACCAGCAACUUCAUCUAAAUCACAGUAACACAGGCAGCUACACAAGGAGUACAGGGCGCCACCUUGUGGGCAAAUGGAGGACUGUCGUCAUUUGGAUUGUUUGGAACGGUCAGUUGAAGGUGAACUGGAAAUAGAAUAAUGAAAAUGAAAUGAAAACAGCUGAAAUUGAAUCAACACUUUACAGUUCCAGAGCUUCAAAGGGCUGCUGCACUGGGAGGUGUUUCUUUUAUUUUGUCCACCCUUCUAUCUUCUCAAAGUAGUCAUCACUGAUAUGGACAAACUUAUGUUCUUUUCCUCCCUAUGUCACUUCCUGUCUGUGUGUGUGUGUGUGUGUGUGUGUGUUGGGGGUCAUUGAUGGGUCUUUUAUCACAGCAGACAUGUUGAGGUGUUGCAGGAAAAGCACAGGUGUUGCUAAUGACCUAAACUUAUACUUGUAAAUGUGUUAAAGGUCCAGUGUGUAAUUUGAAGAUAAAAUAAUUAGACUUAAUUUAUUUCAUACAGUCUUCUGGUUGUAUGAAAUGUUGUUUUUAAUGAUCCCAGAAUUAGCCUUUGUUUUUACAGAAGCACACGAUUGACAAACUAAACAUCUUUUGAAUUUUGAUUGCUAACUGGAGGCUACAUUAGCCUUGUUUAGACUGCAGCCUAAAGCAUAUCCAACUGUUCACAUUAUAUAUAGAAAAUGAUCAGAUCAGAGCUUCAUGUGUCCAUAUUGACAGUUGAGUGAUGGUAAAUGGUCUGUAUAUAUAGUGCUUUUCUAGUCUUGAUGACCACUCAAAGCUGCUUUACGCUACAGUUUUCUCAUUCACUCAUUCACACAGCGCAUCUUUGUGCAGCACAUUUUUCUAUCACUCUUUCAUACCCGUUCACACGCUGAUGGCCGGCACAGCCAUCAGAAACAACGUGAGCUUGCCCAAGGAGACAUCGGCUCGUAGACAAGCGGAGCCAGGAAUCAAACCCACAACCUUUCCCAAGUGAAUCAGGGAACUACUGUGGCCUUCGCACAACAGAAAGGAUAUAAACACUCUUUCACUUCAUAGAUCAUUUGUGCAUCAGGUUUUUGAGGACGAAGCCGUCCACAAUCGUUUGUGUAGUAACACGUAGUGAAACAGAAGCUGAAGAUGACGGCCUCCACAAAUCAACAUGUAGAAAAGGCUUUUCUAAGGAUAUGAAAACCAAGUGUUUUCUUUUUGUUAUUUUAAAGACAAUUACACGCUCUUACAAACAUACUUAAGGGUAAGUUCUAUAUGUUACACACUGGACCUCUGACGUGUAUUUUGACAUCUAGCAGCCCUCGUGUCAGUCACACUGCAGGAUUAACUGAAUAUCAUCCUCACACCGAUCACAAAUACAUUUCUCCAUAUUUAAAUCACAUCAUCACAUAAUCACUUUACCUCUCCUCAUCACAAUGUGAGAGUGAACGUUCUGUUCAACUAUUGCUGCUAACGAAACAUGACGAUGACAUGUGUCGCUGUAAAUUCACCUGCAGACGCCAUAGUAGAGGUGCAGUGAAGUGAGUGGGCUUGUGCUGUGCAGUUAGUUCAGUGGAAAUGCCGUCCAGUCCACGUUUAGCCGUGCUUUAUGAAAACUGACAGUGAGACAGACUGUUUUUUAAAGAAAAACUAAACUAAAUGUAAACCAUGGUAAGUGAAGAAUGCAUGGUGUAUAAUUUUGUUAUUUUGCUUUGACCUCAAAGGUGCCAUUUGUUCUUGACCCAACAGACAUCAUUGUGUACUCACAUGGAUCUGGUGUAGUGUUUUAUUUAUUUAUGUCAUUUACAAUAAAUUAAGAUUUUUUACAAACUCC